GCGAGAUGGCCUUCGUUGGCGUUCUUGAGAUUCUCGCCGACAGCGAUCUCACCCGCGCGGCGUACGCUGUGAUGGAGAGAGUUCUGGCAUUGGGCUUGCAUGGAAUUCUUGAUCUUUUGAUCCAAGGGUAUGCGAACUCCGCUGCGACGAUCAAGCUUCUUGAUCUUCUUUUAUGGGUUUAUACCCGGCACUCGAUGGCAGAGCGCUCGCUUUCCACUUUUUACAGGAUGGUGCGCAGUGGGUUCUUCCCGGAUGUUAAGAACUGCAACAGGGUGUUGAGGCUUUUGAGAGAUAAGCGGCAGUGGGUGCAGGUGAGAGACGUCUUCGAGGAGAUGAGAAAUGUUGGGAUCUUGCCCACUGUUGUUACUUAUAAUACCAUGCUUGAUUCGUUUUUCAAGGAGGACAAUGCUCAAGAUGCUUUGGAACUCUUGGGGAAGAUGCUUAACAAGGGUUUCUCUUUCAAUGAUGUCACUUACAACGUUCUGAUCAAUGGUUACUCCAAAAUGGGGGAGUUUGAGGAGGCUAAGAGGUGGGUUUCAAAGAUGUGGACUUCCGGUUUGCAGGUAACUGCCUUCACCUACAACCCUUUGAUUUAUGGGUAUUGUUCUAAAGGUUGGAUGCAUGAGGCAUUGCAUUUUAGAGAUGAGAUGGUGAGGAGAGGAUUUCUCCCACCGUUACCACUCUACAAUAUUUUGAUUGAUGGCCUUUGUAAGAAGGGAUGGGUAACACUGGCUAGGGAGAAGUUUUGUGAGAUGGGUGAGAUGAAUUUGGUGCCAGACAUUGUUACGUACAAUUCUUUGAUAUAUGGAUAUUGUCGUGUGGGUGAUCUCAGGGAGGCCUUCUUAUUGGUUGAUGAUUUGAGGGUUCAGGGCCUUGCCCCCACUUUGAUCACUUAUAAUACUCUUAUAGAUGGUCUUUGUAGAACAGGUGAGCUCGAAGAGGGGAAGGAGGUCAAAGACCAUAUGGUUGAAUCAGGGUUCCAGCCUGAUGUUUUUCACCAUACAAUUCUCGUGAAUGGUUCUUGUAAGAUGGGAAAGCUCGCUAUGGCUAAGGAAUUCUUCAAUGAGAUGCUAUGGAUAGGCUUGCAACCUGAUGGAUUUGCAUACACGACAAGGAUAGUUGGUGAAUUGCAGCUUGGGUCAGCCUCUGAAGCUUUCAAACUAAGAGAAGAAAUGAUUGCAAGAGGCAUUACUCCAGAUACAGUGAGUUAUAAUGUUCAAAUUGAUGGGCUAUGCAAGAUGGGUAAUAUUGACGAGGCUUAUAACUUGUUGCUGAAGAUGGUUAAAGAUGGGGUUCCACCAGAUUGUGUCACUUGUUCCUGCAUAAUUCAUGCUCUUUGUCAGAAAGGGUAUCUGAGUAAAGCGUGGGCCAUGUAUGAUAACAUGAUCAGUAGUGGUCUAUCCCCAUCAGUCAUCACCUACACAAUUUUGAUUCAUGCUUAUGCUAAUAGGGGAGAUCUUGAAUCAGCAUUCACUUUCUUCUCAGAAAUGCGGGAGAGUGAUGUGCUGCCUAAUGAAAUUACAUACAAUGCACUUAUAAAUGGGUUCUGUGGAAAGGACCUUGAAUUGGCUUAUGAGUAUUUUAUUGAGAUGCAGAAGAGAGGUUUGUCUCCUAAUAAAUAUACAUACACUUUGCUUAUUAAUGAGCAUUGCAAUAGGGGAGAUUGGAAUGAAGCUCUUAGAUUAUAUGGUGAGAUGCAUGAGAAAGGCGUUCAACCUGAUUCUUGUGCUCAGUCAGUGUUGUUCAAACGAUUUGGUGAAGAACAUAAGGAUCAUGCUAUUAGUUACUUAGAAAAUGUUGUUCUUGGCAACUGAUUUUGUAAUUUGAGUUAAUAUCAGAAAAGAGCACAUCAGAAGGCAAGGAUUGCAGCUCUCUUCCAUUGAUUGUUCUCA